AUGAAACUGCUGUGGAGAGCGAAAAUGACCACAUUUCAGGAUGGGGGUGAAGAGGUAGAAGACGGAGCUGUCUACAAUGUCACCCUUAAAAAAGUGCAGAUUCAGCAGGCUGCCAACAAAGGAGCAAGGUGGCUGGGGGGUGAAGGAGACCAGUUACCCCCAGAGCACACUGUCAGGCAGUAUGAAACAUCCAAGAUCAGGGCUAUAAAAGCUGGAACUUUGGAGAAACUGGUGGAGAACCUUCUCACAGCUUUUGGAGAUGCAGAUUUUUCCUACAUCAGCAUCUUCCUAGCAACAUACAGGGCCUUUGCUUCUCCCAGGGCAGUGCUGGAGCUUCUUCUGGACAGGUUUGGCAACCUGGAGACCUCAAGCCAAGGAGAAGUGGCAAACCUGAAUUCCUUGGAAUCUGAGAUGGUACUCAGGGCUGAAAUAGCAUCAGUCCUACGGGCCUGGCUCGAUCAGUGCUCGGAGGAUUUCAGGGAGCCCCCUGACUACAUGUGUUUGCUGAAGUUGCUGCAUUACCUGAAGAACAAUAUGCCCAAUUCUGACAUGGAGAGUAGGGUGCAGAACCUCUUGAAGCAGUUUCAGAACCAAGAAGUAGAAGCUGUUGAUGGGUUCUGUAGCACUUCCUCCAGUGACCUGGUUGAUGGAGAGGAACUGGAGAGCAGCAAUCCAGAAGAAUUCUCCUCUUUUCAAGACCACGUUGUGGCAGAACAGUUGACAUACAUGGAUGUGAUGCUCUUCAGAAGAGUUGUGCCCUACCACUGUUUGGGAUCCAUCUGGUCUCAAAGGGAUAAGAAGGAAAACAAGAACCUGGCUCCAACUGUCAGAGCCACCAUCACCCAGUUCAAUGCAGUCACCAAAUGUGUCAUCAGCACUAUCCUGGGGACCAGGGAGCUCAAAAUCCAGCAGAGAGCCAAGAUCAUUGAGAAGUGGAUUCAUAUUGCACAUGAAUGCAGGAUCCUGAAGAACUUCUCCUCCUUGAGGGCCAUCAUUUCAGCUCUGCAGUCCAACUCCAUCUAUCGGCUGAAGACCACCUGGAUGUGUGUUUCCAAGGACAUCCUGCUGAUGUAUGAAGAGCUGUCUGAAAUCUUCUCAGACCAUGACAAUUACCUGACAAGUAGGGAGCUGCUGAUGAAGGAAGCAACAUCCAAAUUUGCAAAUCUGGACAGCAGUGAGAAAGAAAAUCAGAAAAAGUCACAGAAGCGACUGCAACUUCAAAAAACCAAGGGAGUGAUGCAAGGCACGGUCCCUUACCUUGGCACCUUCCUGACUGAUCUCAUCAUGCUUGACACAGCCCUUCAGGACUAUGUUGAGGGUGGCCUGAUCAAUUUUGAGAAGAGACGAAGGGAAUUUGAAGUCAUUGCCCAGAUCAAGCUCCUGCAAUCCUCAUGCAACAGCUAUUGCCUGAUACCAGACCAAAAAUUCAUCCAGUGGUUCAGGAGGCAGCGACACUUAACAGAGGAGGAGAGUUACAAACUCUCCCGUGAGGCUGAAGCAGCUGCUGAUACCAGCAUCCUGUCUCCAAAAUCCCAGAAAAGCAUGGUGAAGAGGAUCAGCACACUUUUUCUGGGCACUGAUGUGUUCACCCCACCCAAAGAACAGCCCCUGAAGAGCUCUCCUGUAGGAGGGAGCUCCGGGGAAAGCACGGAUUCAGCCAGUGUUUCGUCGUGUGAGUUCAAUCACUCCGAAACUGAGGAUGUGUGUGUGACUCCCGUCUCUAGUCCUGAGGACCCUCUGAAAAAGAUCUCUGGCUACUCCUUAUCCUCCUGUUCUCCUGACUCUCCCAUGAGCACGCCUUCCUCAGGGGUGUCAUCCUUACCCUCAUUCCUCGGCUCCAUGCCCUGCAGGGACUCAGGCCCGGUGCUGAGCAGUGCCCCCAGAGCGCUGCCCGUGUACAACCGGCAGAGCGAGGGCUCCUGCAUCAUCCGCGUCAGCAUGGAUGGGCUCCAGGACAGCAUCUACAAGAGCAUCCUGAUAACCAACCAAGACAGAAUCCCUGAUGUCACCCAGCGAGCCUUGCUGAAGCACAACCUCGAGCCUGAUGCAGUUGAAGACUAUGAGCUCGUGCAGGUCAUCUCUGAGGACAAAGAGCUGGUGUUCCCCCGUGAUGCCAACGUGUUCUACGGCAUGAACAGCCACGUGAACUUCGACUUCAUCCUGAGGAAGAGGGCAGAGCUGCUGGGCUGAGGCUGCACCUGCACUGCCCUCCUGGGUUACAGGGAAUCUGUCAGAAUCCCCUGCUGAAAAUGUGCAAUUGGAGCAAUGGGCAGCCCUGGUGCAAGGCUCCAGGCUGCUGCAUUUGUCUUGAGGACACCCCAUGAGCCAUCUCUGUGAGAAAAGGGUCUCCUUCAUGCCAGUAUUAUACAGAAAAAGAUCAUCUGAACUUAUUUUUAUAGAACUGAAGCAAGUUCUGAGUAUGUCUGCCUGAACCAGCUGAGAAUUUUUUGCACUUGUUCCACACCAGAGAAUGACCCAUUUUGGAUCUUGUUUCCAAAGAACUUUAAAAUGAAUGAACUGCACUUGCCUUUGCAUGAACAUCAUGAAUGGGACAAACACUGCUUUGUGUUGGAUGGAGGUCUGAAUGUCACAACGGGGAGGUUUCCCUUGGACUUGGUUAAGCCAUGGACCAGAACCUGAUGCCUUUUGUGUGCACUCCCAUGUGAUGGAAGAUGUCCUCCCAGUGUGCAAUUCCUCUGCUGGAACUGAAAUCUGAACCUCUUCAAAAGCCAUAAGACAGACGUUGGAUUGUAAGCAGCCCUGGUUUGAGACACAUGAAAUACACAGAGUAUUUCUGGUUCUGCUGGUAGCACUCUGCAUCCCUGCACAGAUCUAGGAGCUAUUAUCCAAACAGACAGCUUAGGAUUCUUAAGGAUCAUUAGUUAAAACAGAGUUUUAUCCAUGCCUGGGCCUUUUACCCCCAGUUCUGUGGCACUAAUUUGCAGCACUGGGCUCAGGUAAGUUUUACACUACAUUUGGAUUUACCACUUCUGUUUACAGGUAGGUAAAACAGACCAACUGUAGGUCUGCUGUACAUCCAAUGUACAGAGUCCUAUGGCAGGUGCCACAAGCCUGGUGUAGGUCACAGCCUGAACAAUUUAUGAAUUCCAGUUGUUUGUUAGAGGGUGACAGAGUGGGGGUGGUUGUUACUGAGCCUUAACCUUUGCCCAGAGUUAGGGCAAAACUAGAAGUUCAGUUUUCUCUGCUUUUGGUGUCUGUACAGUGCAGUUCCUUGUGUACAUAGCAUAGCUCCUACUGUAUAUAGUACUGCUCACUCAGGAGGGUGUAUGGCAGUGUUAAGCUGAAACAUAAAUGUUCUGGAUUUUAAAAUUACACUUUGCAAAUGUUUAUAUAUGUUAUGUUUUUAACUGCUUACCUGUAAUCUUUAUAUGAUAAGUAUAUAAAUUGUUUUUCAUUAA